UUAUCCUUCUCCCUCAUUGUCAGGCCAGGUGUUGGCCUGGUCGGUCGCAUGGAUGGCUGCUCGGUAUCUCCUGGGAGGAACCAUGAAGCAGAUUUGCUUCUGUGCCACCUCCUCCUUUGCAAGUCAAGACUGGACCAAGAACGAUGAGAAGCUCCUUCAGGCUGUGGAGUACAAUGAUGCAGAGAGAGUUGCUUCUCUGCUUCUCCGGAAGGGCUUGGUACCCACCAAGUUGGACUCAGAAGGGAAAUCUGCGUUCCAUCUGGCCUCCAUGAAAGGGAAUGUGGAUUGCCUGGAAGUGAUGCUGGCCCACGGAGCAGAUACCCUGACGACUGACAGCUCAGGUUACACGGCUUUGCAUCUCUCGGCGAAACACGGGCACCCACAGUGUGUGAGCAAACUACUGCAGGCCUCCUGCCCUGUUGAUGUGGCAGACAGUAAUGGACGGACUGCACUGCAUCAUGCGGCGCUUAGUGGAUGCAUCUCUUGCUUGGAGAUUCUCUGUGAUUUCAAGGCUUCUUUGAACACCAAGGACCAGAAUCAACUUGCAGGCUCCUUGCAACAGGGACCACCCCGCACUCAACUACACUACCCACUCACCCCCUUCCCCAUUAAAGUCUUUAACAUAGUGCUGGGCAGAAAUCCAACAGGGGCAGCAGGAGUGGAGGUGCGGCCAUGA